UAUGUCUCUGAGGCAGCAAGCUGAUAAGAACGGCAGCGGACAGAGUGACAGAGAUAGGUAACCACCGCACACAACCGCAUCCUCGCCGGGGCAGCGGGGGGGCCCCUCGGUCCCCAGACACAUCCGUACACCCCCUCCCAUCUCCCCGCCCCACUUCGCUGCCCGUCCGCCGCAAUGGGGCUGAGAGUGGACCGCCAGCUUCUCAGCCUCGCUCUUCUGAUCUGCUGCCCGACGUCUGCCCAGGAUCAAUGCCCCCUGACAGUGUCUGACCCCAACACGGUCACCUCCCAGGUCGGAGGCCGUGUCGACUUGUCCUGCGGCCCCGAUGCCCAGGUGGAGACGGAGUGGAGAUUCAGGAGCAAGGUCCUGAGGCUCGGCCAUCACUGCGGGCUCAACGGCAGCCGACUGAUCCUGGAGUCCGUCCAGGCGAAGAACGCAGGGCCCUACACUUGUUUCAGGAAUGGUACCAGGGUGAAGAGCGUGCGGCUGCUCGUCGGAGAGCCGCCGAAGACGCCCACGAUCGUUUGCUUGCUGAAGUCAUACCUGAGUCCAAUUCGAUGCCAGUGGCAGUCCAUGGAACUCAAGCGGUUAACCAAGUGCUACCUGUUCUACAGGACCAGCCUCCUGAAGACUGCCUCCCUGAAGCCUUGCAAGUUCUACACGGGCUCGCGGGCCUGCGUAUGCACAGCCCCCCACAAGGAGGGAGAGUACGAGCACUAUUUCAUUUCGCUGGCUGUCUCCAACGGCUUCGGCUGCUCACAAAGCAAAGAGAGGAUGUUCACCUUUGACGGCCUGCUGAGAUCGGACCCCCCGGAGAUGGUCAGAGUGAGGUCGGUGCGAAAGGCCAAGCACAAGCUCAACGUUACGUGGGCCUACCCGCGCACCUGGCAGCCGGGGUUCUACGCCCUGCAGUUUGAAGUCAGCUACGGUGUCAAAGAUGAGCUCUUCUUCAGAUCGGCCAUCGUCAAGGACACCACCUUCCUGAUCGCAGACGCUCUGCCCAACAAGAACUACACCGUACAAGUCCGGGCCAAGGAGGAGUUUAACCAUGGCUCCUGGAGUGAAUGGAGCCCCAAGGCUUUUGGCGUUCCCUGGGAAGAUCCCCGGAAGAACAUGGUACCACAGGAGGACAUUGAGGGAUCGACGGACCCUGAUUGCGAGGCAUGUUUUCUCGAGGAGAAGGGCCUUCAAGAGUCCCAUCAUCCAGAGUGGAAGUCCUUCCCGGAUUACGUGCUGUGCCUCAAGAUCGUCUGCCUGCUCAUUGUCAGCAUCCUCUUCAUCGUCAUACUUAUCAGGUGAGAGACAGCCCGGCAGUUUCCCGUGCAACAGCAGUGAAUGGGAACGCUUGGGGUCCAUUGGGAGUGUGGAUGG